GACUGGGUAUCUCGAUGAUAAUUUUUCGGAGUGACAGUGUGCUAUGGGGAACACACAUGUCAAACCCCAUCCACGACAACGAAACAAAAAACAAGUGCAUUGGAGGGCUGCAGCUCGACCACAGCCUCCAGGAAAGCCUCAAUUGACGUCAGAAGUUGAAAGCACCCCAGACUUAGUAACAAUCUGCUGGAAACCACCCAUUAGCGAUGGCGGCUCCCCUAUCUUGGGAUACUUGGUCGAACAUAGGAGAACAGGAUCCCCACACUGGGUCCGAUCGACUCCCAUACCAGUCCCGAACCCAGAAGUAACCAUAAGCGGUCUGGAACCCGGAUGGCGUUACCAAUUCAGGAUCAGCGCUCAAAACGCUGUUGGCAUAUCUGAUCCCAGCGACUUAUCAGAACCCAUAACUGUCACUCUACAGCGAUCCGCCAUCACUGCCCCGAAAUUUACGCAGGACGUUCAAGAAACAACCGCUUUGGAGAACGAAAAAGCUGAGUUUAUCGUGCACUUCCUAGGACAACCAGCCCCUAGGGUAUGUUGGUUCAAGGACGAGUUCGAAAUAUUCAGCAGCAGGAGAAUAAGGAUCGUCACUGAGAGCGACAAAAGCAUCCUGACCAUUUAUCAGUGCUCUCUAUCUGACGAGGGAGAGAUCAAAUGCACGGCAACGAAUCGAGCUGGACACGUCUCCUCCAAAGCGAAACUUACCGUCGAAGCAUUUCCGAGCAUCCGACUGCCUAGGCAAUAUGAAGAGGGGUUGCUCUUCGAAAUAGGGGAGAGCAUCAAACUGAAGGUUUCGGUGGCAGGGCGACCAACUCCUCUAGUGUUUUGGAGUCACGAUGGUGAGUCGAUCAAUAAUAACGACCGAUACGAUAUCGAAUACGCCGACAAAAUGUCUGUUCUCAAAAUUGCGGGAGCUGAGAGAAGUGACAGGGGGGAGUACGAAGUCAAAGCUGUUAAUAAACUCGGGCAUGACAUUCAGUCCUUUUUGGUCACCAUCACUGAUAAACCCUCGCCCCCUGGCAAGGCAAAGGUUGUCAUGACCCUAGGUAGAUCAGUAACUUUAUCUUGGAGUACCCCCGAAGAUGAUGGAGGUUAUCAAAUAGGUAACUACAUCAUAGAGUACUAUAGACUUGGUUGGAACGUCUGGCUGAAAGCUGCUACGAGUAGGCAAGUGACUACAGUUCUUGGGGAUUUAAUCGAAGGAAGCGAAUAUAAAUUCAGGGUCAAAGCAGAGAGCUCUUAUGGGAUCAGUGAACCCAGUGAAGAAACAGAGGUUAUUUUCAUACCAGAUCCAAAGAGAGGCAUCUUGGAACCUCCAACAAGGGGCCGUAGUCAGCCUCGUGAGGUGAGUCAUGGAUUAAUAACUCCUGUCGCCCGGAGAAAGCACAGAAAUCGCUCUCUAAGCUCCUCGAGAGUAGAAAGCACUUAUGUCACUCCCAACUCGGUACCAAAUGCUACGAUGGCACCCAAACGUCCUGAACGAACAAAAGUCAAGAGUCCUCCUAAGACCCCAGAGCCGUCUCCCUUGGUGAAGAAGAGAGAAGUUGAUGCGAAGGCGAAUAGGGAGCUUUUCGAGCGAUCCGAUAGAUCUUCUAUGGCUAGAGAAUUGUCUUAUGGUAGUCCUGAGAUUAGGCUCAAAAGAGAUACCCAGAAAAUAACAUUACUCCAUGCCAACCCCUCCAGUGGAUCUGAGAAGUCCAGAACUCCUAGUCCCACGUCUGGAAAAGCUGGUGAUCAUAAGUUUUACAAGGUUAAAAUCGAACCUCCUAGUGAAAAUGGGGUGAAAAAUAAGUCACCCAGUCCUGAAAAAACAAAAGAAAAAUCACCUAGGGAAAAUAAUGAAAAUUUCACUGGCAGUUCAGAAUUCAUGUUGGUAUUAUAUCCUGGUGAGAAUGAGAAAGGCAAAUCCAGCUUUGAAUUCGACAAUGAUUCUGUACCACCGCCAAUGUCUCUGUCUGCUCCAGAACUUGGUGCUGAUUCGUCAAUUUUCAACAAUAUUCGCAGAUCUGCUAGUUCUACCGAACUUCUGUAUGAAAAAACUAUGCUUCGAUUGUACGAAGCUGCGGAAGAGGAAGAGUUGAAGAAAAAAGAACAGACAUCUACAAGCGAAAUUCCCAAAAUACAGAUAAACUCCAAGGACAACCAGAAAAUUGUUGGUCUGGAAAGGAAGCACUCGUUAAUCAGAAGACUUUCCAUAGGUGGACCACUCCAAAAACAAUCCCUGUUGUCACAACGAAGACACACUCUUGUAAGUCCGAUAGAAUUAAAGAGCGCUCUUGGUCCUGAAGAGAAGUUGAGAAAGUUUCCCGGGACACUAUUGGAUAAACAAGAAUCAAUGAUGAGACAAAGAUCUCAGUCUGUGGAAAAUGAGGAAAACAUUCCAGACAGAGAAAUGAGGCAGAAGACGGUUUUCACCAAGCAAUCAAUCACAAACAGACAAGAAAUGAGCAUAUCAGAUGAAGAAAAAUGGACUGAUGACUAUGAAUCCAGUACAGAAGAUUCGGAGUCAUCAGAAGAAGAUGAUGAUCUCAGGGAGAUUCAGAAGCACUACAAAAAGACUUUCUACGAUGACGAAGGAGAGCAGGAAACAUACCAUCCACGAUUGAUGACAGGUAUGUUAGUACAUCCGAUAAACGACAAGGAACCUUUUGAAAUCUUGACCAAAAGAAAGGAGCCACCUAGUCCCGACUUUGUACCGAAACCAAUUCUGAAGAAGGUAGAACCCGAUAAAGAGUUGAAACUCACAAACUCAUUGGCGCCGACCCCAAGUCCAAGAAGCGGAUCACAUUCUCCUCUGUCUCCCGGUAGCCCACAGAGGUCACGUUCACAAUCGAUAGCAGGAGGGUCAUUCACUCUACCUUCGUCACAGAAACCAGUACCCGAGGAAAAGCUGGGAGGAUCUAGACCUAGAUCUCUUUCUCUCACACAUCAAGAAGACCUAUUAUCUAAAAAAGGCAGUUUGAGUGAUAGACCUCUCAUUCUCCAGAAUCAAAAACCCCCAUCUUUGAUGCACAGCAUUUCCGCAGUAGCAACGAUAACUGGCAUCACUGCUGCUAGUAUUGUCAUACCAGAUAGGCUUCUAGAGAGACAGAAAGAUGCAGAGGAGGCAAAAGUGGUUAUAGAUCAUUAUGGUGAUAUAGUCAAGAACUACGGUGGAAGAAGGAAGAGCAACCCACAGAUUUUGAUGGAUAGAGAUGCUCUAAAGGAAGCUGCCGAGGAAUUAGGAAAUUAUAAAAACGAAACUUUGAAGAAAGUGGAGUCUUUAACAUCUGAGCCCAAGAACGUCUCAUAUAGGGAAGGAAUUCUCAAAAAUGAGUUAGUUAUCUCCAGUUCUGAAACAAAUGUAGGUGGAAAUAAGGCUAUUCAGAAGCCCAAAAGGGAAAAUUAUGUUACUCAAGAUCGCGUCGUAGAGAAAAAUGAAGAUAGAAAUAGGUUCGCUAACAUAUACGAACAUUUUCAAGAUUAUACAAAAAGUAAUUCUCUCCCUGAACAGAAAACUGUGGAAGAUAUAACCAAUAGAAUAAAGGAACGUUCCAUUUCCAAAUCACCACCAAGAAAUGGUAAAACGGGUCCAAAUGCAAACGAUUUGAACUCCUCUUCACCCAGGGAUGAUUACUGGGAUUAUGUAAAUCCUAAGUUAGAUACUUCCAUUAAGAUACAUUCAGCAAGGUCAGAUAUCAGGACCAGAAGAGGAAGAACUUCCCCUUCACCAAUAAGGAACUCUACUUUUGUACCACCUACUAUUAGUAAUGAACAAAAUAUUCCUCUAGGUAACUCUAUGCAAAGGAGGAAUCGGACUUCUCCAUCCCCAGUUCGCAGCCAAUUGAGUAAAACACCACCAAAUAUGUAUUAUAGCAGAAGGUCCACCCCAUCUCCUCUUAGAAGGGCACGUCCAAUGUUCAGGGAAAUAAUGACUCAAACUUCUGAUGAGUUGAUGUCUUUAGAUAGCGACUCCUAUUCCAGAGCCUCAUCACCUUCUGGACGAUCCCUAAGACAAGAAAAGUUGAUUGCAGCGGCAGAGGUGAAGGUUCAUAGAUUUGUAGAUUAUAUCACUGACUUGGCGAUGUUCGCUGUUGCUUGUUGGUUAUAUCUAUUCAAGAAUGAACUAUUGGCCAUACCUGUAUUGAUGAUUAUGGUGUACAGGCAGUUACAAGCAGAGAUUUUGAAGAGGAUUCCAAAGUGGUUGUUACGUAGAUUCAGGAGAAGGCAUCGCAAAUGACAAAUCUUAAAAGAUACUUUUGUAAUGAUGGUUUUGACUUCACUAUUGGUAUAAUUCCUUCGAGAGGAGGCAAUGUCAAAAAAUACUUCUGACAAUAAGUUAUUUUCAGUAGUAACUUGCAUGUUCAGUGACGCUUGAAUGGAAAAUUGCACACAAUAAAUAAUCACAAUAUGGUUGCUGUUACUUUUUUGUGAAGACAUGUCAAUAAUAGUUGCUAGAAGUAAUAAUUUCCUCGUGAGUGAAAUAAGUGUAUUAGGAGGUUCUUUUGCAGAAAUAUGAAAAGACUAGUUUCAUCCAUUUGGCUAUCUACAAUUUGAUAUAUCUAUCUCAAAUAUAAAUUGUUGAGAGAGCAUAAAAAAAUUUUCGGCCUCAGAAAUUUGUUUAAAAUUAUAUACAGGGAAUCUCAUUGAGUUUUGUAAAAAUUAUUCACUAUUAUUUUGGCAACACUUGUUUGAAAAUCAAAAGAUGAUAAACAAAUGUUGAUCAUUUUCAGAAAGAGGCAAGUUUUCCUCAGUUUAUAUUAUUUUUCAUGAGAAUACUGAAGGAUUGGAAUAUUUGAAGGCAUCUAGUAAUGCCUGCAAUAUAACUGCUAUUGAAUUGGUAUCGAAUGACAAUCAAAAUUAUUGGUUUUUUCAUCUGUCAAUAAGGAAUGAACCUUUAUAUAUUUUGCAGAAUGAUGCAGUUCUUUCAAUUCAUAUAUUCAAUAAAGGAAAAAUUUCAAUACAUAGAGAAAUUUUGACAAUCUCUCUUCAUUAAUUCCUUUAAAGUUUGUAUUGUGUAUACUCAAUGUUGCAAAUGUUGAUUUGAAUUCAUUUGAAAGAAACGUGUAUGAAAUCUAAACACCUUGAUUUGACUAAUUAUUGUUAAUACUCAUCGUAUUUUGAAAAAUUACUGAAACGUGUCAUGAAGUUAAAAACACUCACUAUUCAUCUUGAUUGUGAAUAAAAAGUGUUUGUGAGAUUUAAAUGUCAUUCAGUCGCUGUUAUUUUUUUCAAUCAAGCAUCCAGAUUUUUGUUGUAAACAACUCUAGCCAUUGAAUGUUACUCAUUUGUUUAAAUUUCAUCAGUAUAUUGAUACUUAUUAUGAAUUUCGUAAUAAAAUGCUGUUGUAAACUGUU